AUGCCAGCGCAUGAGCUCGGAAAGCAAUUCGCAGAUGCGACUGCGGCCGACUCGGUGGAGCAGGCCCAGCAAGCCUCGGCUUUGCCAGCAGAGUCUCAGACAAAGAUCUCUGCUGCGAAAGCUUCGAGCGAUGUGAGCUCCGAAUGCUCGCUGGAGUUCAAGCGCCUGUUGCAGCUUCUGGCUGCGCAGCAUGUGCAGGACAUGGCAUCUCUCCGGUCGGAGCUUGUGAAUCCAGGCCUGGAUGCACCCAAGGAGCCGCCAAGCUUGAAUUUGUCCAGAUCAGCAUCGAUAGGCAGCUCGCCACCUGAAGUUCCAUUGCCACGAGUCGCUCGUGAACCAAGCAAAGACACAAACAGGAUGCCUCGGCUCUCGGUUAUGCCGCAGCCCUCGGCGCGGCGCUUUGACCCCAACAGUCCCCACAGCAUGAGGGAUCGAAGUCGAGAAGGCAUCGAGCAGGUCUCUGCUCUCGAGCGCUGUGCGGACUUCUUGCAGUCUGCAGUCUUUGAAUCUGCGCUGUCAGCACUGCUGGUUGCAAACGUCUUUUUCAUGGCCCUGGAGAUGCAAUUCCUUGGAAUGGUCUCCGGUUGGGAGAUAGACAAGUACGACGAGCCAGUGCCUUCGCAGUCGUCGUGGCCGACUAUCAACCGGGUCAUCACAGUGGGGGAUUUCGUUUUCACAGUAAUUUUCGCUGUGGAUGUCACUGUCCGCAUUGUGGUGCUACGAUGUCGCUUCUGGCGAGCCGUGAUGAACUGGAUUGAUGCGAUCGUCGUGGCAACAUCCAGUGUCCAAUGGUUUAUGCCCAGCCUGGCCAUUGAUGCAGUUUAUCUGAGACUUAUUCGUCUGGGGAAGCUUGCCAGAGCUUUUCGGAUGGUUACUAUGUCUCGAUCAUUGGACUCGUUACAGCUUUUGCUGAAGUGCUGCGCCUCGUCGGUUGACAUGCUCUUUUGGUCAUUUUGCCUGCUCACUUUCAUCCAGUGCAUUUCUGGAAUGAUAUUGAGCGCUUUAGUCAGAGAGUACCUCAAUGAUGAUACCAAGCCCCUUCAGAUCCGGCAACAAGUCUGGGAUUACUACGGCACUUUUACAAGAACUUUUUUGACCAUGUUUGAGAUAUUAUUUGCCAAUUGGGGACCACCAUGUCGCGUCCUUGUGGACUACGUUGACGAGGCCUUCUCGUUGUUCUUUCUUGUCUACCGGUGCAUGAUCGGAUAUGCGGUCUUGAAUGUCGUAAAUGCAGUGUUCGUGCAGCAGACUUUGCUGAUGGCAGCGAAUGACGAAGACUUGGCUUUCAAGCAGAAGCAAAAGGACUGGGCCUUGUACACGAAGAAGGUGCAGCGCCUUUUCAGCGCAAUGGAUACCUCGGAGGAUGGGAUGGUGACUCUUGAUGAGUUUGCUCAGCUCAUCGAAUCACCCAAGCUUCGGUUUUGGAUGAGCCAGCUGGAGCUGGACUACCACGAUUUGCUGGGCCUUUUUGAGAUGUUGGACGAUGGAGAUGGAGAGAUCUCGAUGAAGGAGUUCAUCGAGAAUGCCCAGAAGCUGAAAGGCCCUGCCAAGGCCAUCGACUUGCAUCGGUUGGAGACCAAGCUGGAACUGCUGCUGGCACAGCUGCUUGCCAACUCGUCCUCAGCCGCCGCUGGACGGUCCCACCGCUCCUCCACGUAUUCCUUGCAGACGCUCUUCAGUGCCGCUGGUCUUUCACGCGAGAGCCAUGGCUUUGCCUCGCGCAUGGCAGCGGCUGCCGCCGCCACAGCCCUCGGAGACGAUGACAAGUCUGCGAAGAAUGUGAGGCGUUCGGCUUCCCGGGAGACCGACUUGGGGCCACAGCUGUCCCAUAGAUUCUGA